UACAAUUGAUAAACCGAUAAUUACCUACUAGGUACCUGACCUACCUAGACUUUACAUUAACAUAUUAGCAGAUUAGGUACAAUUCACAACAGCUUGUCCAUGCUUUACUUUUACGUGUUAAAUGUCAUUGGACAAUGAGAAGGAGUCAAGAUCUCUUUGGUGUUUAGCAACUUAUAGACAGAUCUUUCGAAUUUCACUCGCAUAUUCUCCAGGUGUCAAGUUGAUUUAUACUACCACCGCCGCCAACUUCUAAUCUCCUAUUGCGCGACGGCGACGAUAUCCACGGGGCCGCCCUUAACCUAUUACCCACUAUACUAGGUACACCACUACUUCUGAAUCCGAAUAUCGCCUGUCUUUGGCGAGAAUGAGUCGAGAUGAACAACUGAGCAAGAACAACAUGGAACGAGAGCUUGCGCCCGAGUCGAGUAGCCCGGGCCUUACGCUUCCCCAAAGCGCAACAGGGAAUAAGGCUACGGGGAACAAGGCUACGAAUACCGAUAUUCAAGUACCCAACGCGCACUUUCGAAGUCGACCGGUAACAGUAGCUGUCGAUCCAGCCUCCUUAGUCAUAUCAGAAUGUAUAUCGGUCACUUCUGCUAUGCGAAAGCAUGCUCGGUGGGCGGGCUCGUCGGUAUCCUCUAUACUGGGUGGCAACCCCAACCCCGUUCAGCUCGGCCCGCCUAGCCCUCUAUUGCGGCCAGGGAGUAAAAGCUCUAUGGUGAGCUCUGGGAUAGAUGGCGCGCAGGACUUCGGUAUCGCGAACCGGUGGGGUUUGAGGGGAAAGAAGGGCAAGAGCAUGCAGGACAAUCCCCUAAUGGCUGGAUUUGGUCGUCUUCGCCAUGAGCUAUCAAACUGCAAAGAUAUUCACCAGUUUGACGCUCCGGCGUUGCUCAACCCCUUCCUUCAAGUAAUACAAGCUUCUUCAACCUCUGCUCCCAUUACCAUCCUAGCCUUGAAGGCGAUUCGGAAAUUUCUUUCUUAUGGCUUUAUAAAUCCCAGUUCUCCACGAUUCCCACUUGCCAUGCAAUCCCUGUCGACGGCAAUUACUCAUUGCCGUUUUGAAGCCAGCGAUUCGGCUCAAGACGAGGUUGUGCUAUUAAUGAUUUUACACCUAAUGGAAGAUAUGUUGUCUGGCCCGGGCGGCGAGUUAUUAAGCGACGAGAGCGUUUGUGAAAUGAUGGAAACGGGCUUAACUAUGUGUUGCCAGUCACGAUUAUCCGAGCUCCUCCGAAGGACGGCCGAAGCGGCUAUGGUCCGCAUGUGCCAGAUCAUUUUCGAGCAUCUUAAAUACCUAGAGGUCGAAGCUGGCGACGACUUGGAAGCCUUAGAUCACCAGGCGAACGGGGACAUGGAAGGCGUAAAAAUGGUUCCCUCUACUAAUGGAGACAGCGUUAUUGCAUCUUCUGAUGCCCCUGGUGGCGAGCCGCGAGACUCGUCUGGGUCGGAGAAUACUCCUCGAGGUGUAGAGGAAAAACCUAAGAUAAUAGCCUCGGAACCUGACGAUUCUCUCGACAUUAAGCCGUACUCGUUGCCGUCUAUGAAGGAGCUGUUUAGAGUUCUUGUAGACUUAUUAGAUCCCCAUGACAAGCAACAAGGAGAUACAAUGAGAGUCAUGGCGCUACGUAUUAUUCACGUAGCCUUAGAAGUCGCUGGUCCAUCCAUAGCAAGACACCCGGCUUUAGCCGUUGUCGCGGAAGAUCGAUUAUGCCGACAUCUGUUUCAACUUGUUCGAUCUGACAACAUGGCCAUCCUUCAAGAAUCCCUCAUUGUAGCCGGGACGCUACUUGAGACUUGCCGUGGUGUCUUGAAACUACAGCAGGAGCUCUUCUUGUCCUACCUCAUCGCGUGUUUACACCCACCGGUCGAAAUACCUCGUGAGGAGAAUAUUGAUCCUAUGCUCUACGAUGGAAUCCCGCAAAGGCCAAGCGGGGUAAAGCCACCUCCAUCACAGGCAGGUAGUGGUAGGUCGACACCAGUGCCGGUUAAGGACAGGCAGAAAUUAGGCAUGGAAGGCGGUGCGCGGAAGCCGGAUGCUCGUCAAGCCAUGGUCGAAAGCAUUGGAGCUCUCACGAGGAUGCCAACAUUCCUAGUUGAACUGUUUGUUAACUAUGACUCUGAUGCGAAUCGUGGGAACCUGUGCGAAGAUAUGGUCGGACUGCUUUCGAGGAGUGCCCUACCUGACUCUGCAACAUGGAGCACAACUAGCGUACCCCCUCUUUGUCUAGAUGCACUCCUUGGCUUCGUCCAAUCUAUUGCCGAUCGCCUUGACGAUGAGCCAGUCUCCGAUGGUUUGCCAGAUCAAGCCGCCCUCCGAGAAGAGAGGCGAAGGAAGAAAGCUAUCAUUAAGGGCGCAACCAAGUUCAAUGAAAAGCCAAAGGAAGGUCUAGGAUACCUUAGAGAACAAAAGAUCAUUACCGAUGAUCCAGCAUCAGUAGCCCUAUUUCUCCGAACAACGUCUCGAGUAUCCAAGGCGGUUAUUGGUGAAUUCAUAUCGAAAAGGGGCAAUGAUGAGUAUCUCAAUGCCUUUUUGGACCUUUUCAAUUUUUCGGGCAAGCGUGUCGACGAAGCUGUGCGACUUCUUCUCGAGAGUUUCCGACUCCCUGGCGAGUCACCGCUUAUCGAGCGUAUAGUGACUGCCUUCGCGAAGAAGUACUUUGCAACUUCAGGCUCCGAUAUUGUCGCGAGCGAGGAUGCUGUAUUUGUGCUUACAUACGCCAUCAUCAUGUUAAAUGUCGAUCAGCACAGCCCAAAGCUCAAGGGUUCGAAGCGCAUGGAGCUUGUAGAUUUCGCACGCAAUCUGCGCGGCGUUAACGGCUCCAAAGAUUUCCCUCCCGAAUACCUUGAAUCAACCUUCGAGGCUAUCAAGUCUGACGAGAUUAUUCUCCCAGAUGAACACGAUAACCAGCACGCCUUCGACUAUGCAUGGCGAGAGCUAUUACUCAAAAGUGAAUCCGCCGGCCCCUUGGUAAUCUGCGAUACUAAUAUCUACGAUGCUGAUAUGUUUGCCACGACCUGGAAACCGAUUGUCUCAACAUUAUCCUAUGUAUUCAUGUCGGCAACUGAUGACGCCGUAUUUUCUCGAAUUGUUACGGGGUUCGAUCAGUGCGCGCAGAUUGCGUCGAGAUAUGGUAUCACAGAAGCAUUGGAUCGUAUUAUCCAAAAUCUCAGCUAUAUGACUACAUUAGAUACGAAUAGUUUAUCAAAUACGGCUCUGAACACGGAAGUUAAGGUAUCAGAUGAUGGCGACAGCGUUAUGGUUAGCGAACUCGCCGUUAAGCUCGGCAGGGAUUUCAAAGCGCAGCUUGCUACACUUGUCUUAUUCCGUGUUGUAAAGGGGAGCGAAAAGGUGAUCCGCAAGGGCUGGAAACAUAUCAUUCGCAUAUGGUUGAAACUCUUCGUCAACUCUCUUAUUCCCUCGUCUUUUUUCAACGGCGACUUCGAGAAGCUAAAUCUUCCAAAUAUCCCGCUUCAUACCCCUUCUCAGGUUAUAGAUCGAGCAGCAAAAACUGCCGAAACGGGCCUGAUGUCAGUCUUAACUUCAUACAUCUCCAGCUAUGCAGCCGAUGACCCGCCGGAACCUUCUGCUGAAGAGGUCGAAAGCUCGCUAAGCACUGUUGACUGUAUCAAAGCCUGCGAUCUCGAAGGUGUCUUCACGAAUAUCUCUGCUCUUCCGGCGGAUUCUUUAGCGCCGCUUCUUGAAGCUCUCUUGAACGAACUACCUGAUGAUGAAAGCUCGGCUGUACCCGUCAUCACCGUAAACCCAGAGAGUCUCCCUUCCUCACCUACCAGCGGACCCAAAAUCCCCUCCAAGAAGCCUAAGUAUGAUCCUGCAAUAGUAUAUAUCCUGGAAUUAUGUACUGUACUCGCGUUGAGAGACGAGGAGACUGUCGCACUGCUCGGCAAAUCUGUUGCAGAAGCCUUGCAGAUGAUACUGCGUGACUCACCUCAACACCAUCCCAUCCUUGUUUCACGGGCAGCUUUCUAUCAAUUUAGCGUAUUAAAGGCUAGCUAUGAUCAUGACUUGGUACGAGCACCUGUGCUACUGCACGCUAUAUCUAGUUUCCCUAAAGAGACACUUGUAAAGACGUCGCAACUAGUUCUGCAAGGGCUGAAGCUCUGCAUCAACCAACCAGGACCUCUACGAAGCGAGAUCAUGACUUCGCCCGAUUUUUGGCUUAUAUUACGUACUCUUGCCAAUAACCCCAACGCGUCCGCUACUGUCUUUGAGAUCCUAGAGGGUGGAGUCUCAGGUUCGCCAUCAGCAAUUAUUGCAGAUAAUUACGAAGCCGCAAUUACCUUGUUAAAUGAGUAUGCUACCGCCGCUAAAGUCGGCGCGCUCGUGGAGCAGAAAAGCGACAGAAGGCAGAGGAAUGCUCGACCACCAAAGAAAGAGGUCUCAAGUGAUAAUGCUGUUGUUUCACGAGGUGUAAAGGCUGUCAAUCUCAUCUCCAGUAUGACGGCCCGUAUUCCUCACUUGAUGAAACAGUCGCAUCUCGAGAAUAGCGAGGCAUGGUCGGCAUAUUGGCUGCCCAUUUUCAAAACUUUAACGACACAAUGCACUAACCCGUGCCGCGAAGUGCGGUCUCUAGCAUUUUCGUCCCUACAAAGGUCACUCCUAUCGCCCGAGUUGACAUGUAGCGACCAUGAAGAAUGGACUGCUAUUUUCGGGGAGGUUUUGUUCCCUCUUAUUUUGAGACUUUUGAAGCCUGAAGUUUAUUCAUCCGACCGAGAUGGCAUGAGUGAAACAAGAGUUCAAGUCGCGUCUCUUCUUUGCAAGACUUUCCUACAGUACCUCGUGCUUCUCUCCAAGUGGGAUGGCAUGUUGGAUCUGUGGUUAAAAAUCAUCGACAUCAUGGACAGACUUAUGAAUAGCGGCCAAGGUGAUAGUUUGGAGGAGGCUGUGCCUGAAAAUUUGAAAAAUGUGCUAUUGUUCAUGUCAAGUAGCGGAUACCUUGUUCCUCCAAGCAAGGAUCCAUCACAGGAGAAUUUAUGGGUGGAAACGUGGAAACGAAUAGAUCGUUUCCUGCCAGAUUUGCGUCAAGAAUUGGCGUUAGAAGAGCCGGAGCCUAUACCAGAGGAGAAGCAAGCCCCUGCAGAAGAGCCAGCUCAAGAGCAGCACACGGAAGAGAAAAGUAAUGGCCAGGAAGAAGUUGUGGCAGCUUAGGUACUAGGUACUGGGCGAGAGAUAUCCACAGUUGAGAACACGGGAGCUAAAGAUCAUAGAAUUCGUGCCUAGCGCAUUGCUAAAACGGAGCACGUCGUUGUUAUGGAUUGUAUAAUAGAACGACUUGAAAGGGUACGCAAAUCCCCGACGUGGAAAAAGGUACCUACAUCUAUGCUUAUAUGGUACAUAAUCAGAACCUUGCCUCUCUGUGAGGUCAAUGAAAUUAAUGGAUUUAUUUUUCAGAAGUCUGCCAUGAUUUAUGAAUGAAAGAAAUAUAUUUGGAAUUUGUUGAGUUCGUAGGAAAUGUGAGUUGUCUAUAUUGACUUACCACUGUACUUUAGGAGAGCUUCUGUUAAAUAGGAG